GAAUAAGAUUUUAAAACAAAUGAGAAAAGGAAUGAUCGAUGGAAGAAUAGAUUAGUUUGUUGACAAUGAGCGAGAUACGUUUGUGGACAUUUAUAUUAAAGAAUUCUUUUAUGAAUCAUUAACGAUGAGAGUCUUAGAAUUAUAUAGCGGUAUUGGUGGUAUGCAUUAUGCUCUUCAAGAAAGCGGUGUUGAGGGUAGCAUUAUUGCAGCAGUUGAUAUAAAUACUAUUGCCAAUAGUGUAUACAAAUAUAAUUUUCCAAAUGUUUUGCUUAUGAAUCGUAAUAUUCAGUCACUUGUUGUGCAAGAAAUAAAUGAUUUAAACAUAGAUACUAUACUAAUGAGUCCUCCAUGCCAACCUUACACAAGGGUAGGACUCCAAAAAGACAUAUUAGAUAACAGAUCAUCUUCACUGUUCCAUGUUCUUGAACUUAUUCAUCAAAUAAAAUCUCUAAAAUAUAUAUUAUUGGAAAAUGUAAAAGGGUUUGAAAAGUCAGAAAUGAGAAAUGCUGUAUUAAAAUGUAUGAAUGAUUGUAGGUUUCACUAUAAAGAAAUAAUUAUAAGCCCUUGCCAGUUUGGUAUUCCAAAUACCAGAUACAGAUAUUAUUUAUUGGCUAAAAGAAACGAUCUUAAAUUUUGUUUCAAUCAUAUCAUAUCGAAUUUUCAUCUACCAGAAGAUAUUUUAAAACUGCUACCAAAAAGUAAACAUAAUCUAUUAGCUGAAAAAUGUUGUAUGGAAAGUUCUAACAUGGAUAAGAAGUGUUAUAAGCUAGAGAAUAUUUUGGAAAAUGUUGAAGAUUCAGAAUAUAUGAUUCCUAAAAAAUUGUUACAAAAGAGAGCUUGGUUAAUGGAUAUAAGAACAUCAGAAAGUACUGGUUCUUGCUGUUUUACAAAAGCCUAUGGACGUUAUGUAGAAGGUACAGGCUCUGUAUAUUGUCCCUAUUCAGAUGAAUUAAUUAAGGAAACAUUUUUGAAAGCACGCGAAUACAAUUGUCAAUCACCAGAAGCAGCAGAAACUUUAGAAAAAUUGAAAUUACGAUAUUUUACUCCCAAAGAGGUGUGCAGAUUAAUGUGUUUUCCAGAAGAAUUUAUGUUUCCCAAGUCUAUAACAUGUAAACAGAAGUACAGGUUGCUAGGUAAUUCAAUCAAUGUGCAUGUAGUUAGUAGAUUAAUAUAUUUAUUAUAUACUGAAAAAAAAAUUAUAUGAAUUUGUUUACAGAAAUA